AAUGUUUGGAUGGGUAACUGUUUACAUUCUUAAAGGAAGGUUAUAAAUUUCUAUAGUUGUUGAUGGGAUAUUCGAUUUUCUUUCCCUGGUGAUUGUUGUUUUAACGAGUCAGAAAGGAGGGAAAAAAAUGUUUCUAAAAUCCGGAUCUCACAAAAUAGUAGCUAAAAAUUUCACAAUAUAAUUUAAAAUUAACAUUUAUCUUAAUUUUUGUGACAUUUGUUUUUAAAAUAAUUCUCUUUAUGUUUAGGUAUUUGCACAUUCAAUGAUUUAGACAUGUUUCUUCACAUGAACAAUGCUCGUUAUAUAAGAGAAUUCGAAUUUGCUCGAUCACUUAGUGGAAUGGCAUCAGGUGUCUGGUCAGCAAUCAAUAAAUUAGGAGGUGGAGCAGUACUGAGUGCUGUUUCUGUUCGCUACAGAAGGAGCAUAGGAUUGUUUCAAAUUUUUCGUGUAAGGACAAAGGUAUUGUACUAUACAGAUAAAGAUGUAUACUUCGAACAACAUAUGGAAACCAUUCACGAUAACUUUGUGAGAGCAGUCUGUUACGGAAAGGUGACUUUCACCGGUGGUGUGACUUACCAAGAAAUAUAUAGAUAUUUGAAUUCCAGUGAACUACGACCGUCACCAGAACCAUCUCCCGAUCUAAAGUGUUGGAUGGAAGCCAAUCGAAUCUCUAGCGAGAAGUUACGAAAGAAGCAAUAGAUUUUAACUUGAAAUUUCAAGAAACAUACCUCAAAAUAUUAUUAGGUAAUAAGAGAAAUUAAUUAUAUUACUUAAUAAAAAUUUGUGUACAAGCUAGGUUUGUGCAUAUUUAAUAUUUAAUUUUUAGGAU